UCAGCGAGUGAGGGCGUGUGUGGCUGCAGCGGCGUGGAGGUGCUGCUUGAGCCACCGGUACUCACCCAAACUGACGAGACACAAAUACACACAGACAGGGAGAGACACGCAGGCACUUCAGUGCACUCCUUCCCAUCUGUCCAUCUGCCCGGCUGACCAGGGCCAGUCGGCGUCGCAUUCGGCGGCCUUCUUGCGUUUGGCCUUUACAGUGCACACACAACACAACACACGCACAUACGUAUGGGACCAUGGGUGUGUGUAUGCGGCGAGUGUGGUUUGUGGUACAUACGUCAUCGGAUGCGUCGUGUGCCAAGGUGAUGUUGGUGCAGACGCCUUUGUAGCCCUCGGGCGGCAAACAGGUCACGCCGCCUGCUGUCACGCCCGCGUCCAUCCAGUCGAUCGGGCAUCUGAAAUUGCACACACAGAAGGAAGGCACACACAUGAUGAAGUAUAACUUUCUUCUUAGCUUAUUCAGUGUCUGUCGCUACGUGCGGCGUAACGUGCCUGCUGGUGUAGUCGCGAGUGCAUGUCUUGCGUGAGAGACAAGGGAAGUCCAGCUCACACUCAUACGCCGCGCUCGCCACGCUGGCGGGCGGCAGGUCGGUGAAAGAUCGGCGGGUUGGGCAGGCUGCGAAGCCGCGGGCCGGCAGGUAGACAGAGAGGGGGGCGAGGCACGUGCCGUCACUCAGGUGCCGCCAGGCGAGCGGACAUUUGGCCGAGAAGUUCCGCUCACACAGUGAAGCGCACGGCCAAGCGACGAAGCAAACGAUCUCGAAGUUCUCCUUGAUCUCGUUGUCGAAGCCCGUCAGAUUGGCGUACCUGCCGGACGGACACGACAAGACACACGUGUAAUGCGUGCAGUGCAUUGGGGCGUCUCUGUGUGAUGUGUGGGAUGGAGUGGGCCACUGACUUACAUGGGACACGGCCCGGUGUAGAUGUUGGGGUUGGCGUGGCAGAUGGAGUCCCCCUCAUCGUGCCAGUAUUCGGGACACACCUACACAGAUACACAUACAAGGGCGUGUUGGUGUGUCUCUCUGCAUGCUUGUCUUCUUGUUUGUUCCACUCUUACCGAUGACUAGUCUCGCGCGCACGAGAGACGCCGGCAUGGCCACCGCACACCUGCAUGUAGACGGACGGUUGCACAUGUCGAAGUGUCUUGCUCAGUGCACUGACUGACCGCAUUUCUGUGCGAAUGCGUGUUUGUCUUGCAAAGAGAAGGCGGCGAACUGCACCUUGGCGUCGCAUUGGUCAAAGUCAGCUGGCGCCACACACAGCCCGCCGGACACAUGGCGCCAGCUGCAAGGAUGUAUCAUGAAGACAGAUAGAUCAGUGUGUGUGUGUGUGUGUUUGUUGGGGAGCAUUACCCCGCUGGACAAGUGCGCUCCCAAUCCGUUCCUCGCGGACAUUGUUCGGGCAGGCAUGGGUAGUUGUCCUCGCACGCGAUGCUCCAGGACUCCUUCUGCUCGUCGCUCAUCUGAGCCAUGCCUCGCUGCUUGCGCUCGCAGGGACCACUGUAGGAUGGCUUCGCCCAGCACUAAAGUGACACACCCGGGAAAUAAAUACAUGCAGUGACACACACGUCAUGCCAUGCAGCCAUUGGAUGGCACUACCUGGGUGGAGACAGGGAAGAAGGACUUUGAACACUGGACGGGGUAGUCACGCUGGCACUCUGACGGGAAAUCAGUCGGCUCAGCCAGCAU